AAUAUGUGUGUGUACUUUAUGGCAAAUUAUAACAACAACAGAAAGAGUAAUUUAUUUAUGUUUACAAAGCAACAAAAGCCUAAACAUAUAGAAUGUCAACAAGUGUUAAAUAUAAGCGAAAAGAUCAUUUAAAAUCAAAUAUCUCUAUGUACAAAUAAAUAAAUAAAUAAAUAAAUAAAGUAAACGUAUCAAGGUUUAAAUAAAUUUAUAGUAAUAUACUUUUUCCUUUUCGUUAAUCGAUACUCGCAUCGAAUAACCCGUCGUUAUGCCUAUUGCGGCUCUUGCAUCUGUAGAAAACAUUAGUGGAAAACCUUAUAAUAAACCUUUCAAUAACAUUAAUAAUAUUAACGCCGUCCAAUCGUGUGACUAUAAUUUAUUAUCAUCUAAUUCAAUGCCGGCAUCUAUACAAAAAUCUAAGCAGUCUUCUGGUCUUCCUAGUGCUGUGUCCCAUAUCUAUUAUAAACACGGGUUAUUUUUGUCCAGUUAUCCUACCUGUGCUACUAGCAUAGCAAUUGUCGCUAUACUAUUCUCCUGUUACCCUUUAAUUAACAUACCUUUGCCUGGUACAAUUCCCACAAAAAUCGUUUUACCGUUUGAGGGGAAGUAUAAUUUAUACGAUGGUGAACGUAGUAUCAAUAGCAAUUACAACUAUUCGAUGGUUAAGAAUUUAUUUAUGACCAAUAAUGCAUCGAUGUAUGAGCCGCAUUUUCCAUGGGCGCAAAGUUCACCUAUACUUUAUGUACAACAAAUAACACUGCGUGCAAGUAUCUUGCCAUGGAUUGAUGAAAUGCAAUUAAUGGACGCGUUUCGUGCACCGCUCUACGAAGUUUUUAAAUUGCUUGAAAUUGUGCGAAAUCACGAGUCGGUAGAAAACCAACGUACUUUGGAUAAAAUCUGCUUGCGUGUAGAUAGUGCGAAGCGUUCACAACAUGAGCAAUUAUUUCCCGAAUUUGGAUGCCUGAUUUUAUCGCCGGCCAAUCUUUGGGCACAGAAUUUGCAAAAUUUUACCGGAGACACAAAUAUUCUGAACACGAUUUUUCAAUAUCACAAUCUUCAAAAAAGUAAAGUAUCGACUGCGGAAAUGCUUUUUGGCUUACCAAUGCAGGAUACGGGUUUUAGGCGUUAUCCGUUGCGUUCGCGUUCCCGUAUCAUCCAAUACGCCAUCACUUUGUUUUUGAAGCAAAACGAUCAUGAGUACUUUCAAAGUCUUAAGGAGAAAUUAUUCGAAUACUAUCCACCAUUGCAGAAAGUUGCUACCUCUUCGCCAAGCCAAGACAAAUCCUCGAUUACGUACAUUUUCUAUCCGGGUGAAUUUAAAAUGUGGGAAUUUUUACCGUUAACCACAGCGUUCGUAUUGCUUUUCACAUAUGUGUACUUUUCGGUACGAAAAAUUGAUGUUAUACGAUCCCGAUUAUUGUUGGCUUUAUGUGCAGCCAUUACGGUUUUUGGCAGCUUGGUCAUGUCAUUGGGUUUGUGCUUUUUCUUUGGUCUAACUCUCAGUUUACAAUCAAAAGAUGUGUUUCCCUAUUUGGUCAUAUUAUUGGGCUUGGAAAAUUGUUUGGUUAUUACACGUAGUGUUGUCUCAACCGAUGAAACAUUCGAUGUUAAGAUCAGAGUUGCUCAAGCCCUUAGCAAGGAGGGCUGGCACAUUUCUAAAACAUUGCUUACAGAAAUUACAAUAUUGACCAUAGGACUGGCUACGUUUGUGCCAGUUAUUCAAGAGUUUUGUAUAUUCGCCAUAGUGGGACUAUUGUCCGAUUAUAUGUUGCAAAUGUUGUUAUUCUCGACCAUUUUGGCCAUGAACAUUAAAAGGCCUGAAUAUUCAAAAGAAGCUAAGCACUUACCAAAAAUGAUGAUGUCCUUUACGGUGAGUCCAACUUCUUCGCCAAUCAACGGUUACAGUUCCUUGGGUAAUAAUGGGCGCGUGGAUUUUCGUUUUUUUGGCAACUUUGCAAAUUCAAUGGGCAACGGAGGUGCCUGUGGUGGUGGAUUUUCUUCAUCAAAUUUUGUACAUGGAGGAUUUCAUCGCUCGCAAUCGCAUCCGAAAUUAGCUUUUGGCGAUUUCAAUAAUCCAUCGGGUGGUACUGACAUGCCUAAACGGUCUUCUAUAACUUUGAGUGCCAAUGGCGGUAUGUGCGCGGCGAAUAAUCAUGAUCGUAUUCCGAAACGUUUAAGAAUUGUCAACUUUUGGGCUCGCACACGUUUCUUCCAACGAGCCUUUAUGGUCUGGAUGAGCGUUUGGAUUUGUUAUAUUGUGUAUAAUUCCGGUUAUUUGGAAACUCUUUUUGUUUUGGAUAACAAUCGCACUACGGCUUUUGGCGGGGAGGAGUUUCAACGUAAUUGGGAAGCCGGUCGCGGUGCAGUGUCCAGUUUUAUAAACAAUGUGCAGACUGUUUUACAUGCCAAACCCAUGGAAUCUCAUGCUUUUAAUGGCCAAUCAACAACGAAUAACGAUCAAGAUAAAGCUUCCGGGAGAAUAAGAUCCAAUGGCUAUGCAGAACGAUUUGCCGAAGGCCAUGUGAACGAAACCGAGGCAGAACUGAAGCGUUUGUUCUAUCCCGACUAUGAACUAAACUAUUUUCUUUCAAAUUUUCAUUGGUCAACAAUUAUGAAGCAGUAUAACAUGUCAUUAAGAGGUCAUUACAUUACCAUAUUGCCUACCAUUAAAUUAUCGCAUGCAAUUAAUCCCGAACAAGCGUUGCUCAUAAGAAAUCCUAAUGAGAAGGUGGUGCAAAAUUUCCAGUGGAAAGCACUGGCCGCCGCGUUAGAUCCUUUAGAUUUUAAUGACGACGACAAUCGUGAAUCACCCAUUAUUAUGCUCGGCGGUACCCCAUUAUUCCCUAAAAGCCCCAUGGAAAUUUUUUUCGCCAUUACUUUGUGUUGUAUCAGUGUCUUUGUAUUAUGUUAUACUAUGGUAGUUUUUUAUCGUUGCAUUUGUACGCGUAAUUACGCUGAAUGGCGUUCCAGUUGGAAUGAAUGUUCCGAGUUUUCACCGAAUACCGAACAAAUUUUGGAAGGGGUACCGUCACAAAUUGCUGGCCAUAAACAUCGUAUAGAAUGCUUGGUAUCGGAUGGGGCGAACAUCAUUAGUUGCUGCUUGAAAGGACAAAUUAAAGUUUGGGACUCCCGUAGCGGUGAAAAUGUGACCACCAUUAACCGCGGCGAUAUGCAAGUAGUUACGUAUCGCGAGGAUGGCGAUGCAAUGGUGCGUAAAUUGAAUUCAUCGCCAGUCUGGUGUUUGGAUUGUUUUGAUAAUUUAAUCGCUGUUGGUUGCGCCAACGGACGCAUUGAAUUUUGGGAAAUACCGGGUGGCAUUUUAAAGUGCACUUAUCAUGAAAGCUCAAAGAGACAUCAGGGCAUCACACAUAUACAUUUAAGUGGAGAUCGUGUUAUAGUGGCGCGUCUAUGCGGACGUUUGGAUUUUUAUCGCCUGGAAACUUAUUAUAAAGGGAAACAAAUCGAUUGGAAUUUUACUUCAGCCUACAGAAGAACUCAUGUUCGGACCAAUUCUACCGGCAGCAUAAGCAUAAUGCAUCAACAGCAGCAGCAACAACAGCAGCAACCGCAACAGUAUCUUGCUAGUCAAACGAAAGAAGAGAUGAAAUGUACAUUGCAAAGCGUGCGGUUGGCUCAUCAGCAGCCUAUCACGUGUAUGGAAGUUGUCAACGGAAUGGUGUUUACUGGAAGUCAAGAUCAUACGUUAAAGGUUUACACUUUAAACAAUUCGGAUAUUGAGUAUACACUGCAUGGACAUUGCGGACCAAUAACUUGUCUAUUUGUGGAUCGUUGGCAGCCCGGUACAGGCGGUUCCGGAUCACAAGACGGUCUUUUAUGCGUAUGGGAUCUACACACAGGCACUUGCAUGUACAGCAUACAGGCUCAUGACGGUGCUCUCAGUUGUCUGGCUUGUGCUCCUAGUUAUGUUAUUUCUUUGGGAACUGAUGAACGUGUAUGUGUAUGGGAACGUUUUCAGGGCAAUCUAUUGACAACAAUUAAUAUAUCAAAUGCUUAUUCAAAUCUGUUAAUGCUGACGCCAUCUCUGCUGGUUACCAGUAAAAUGGGAUCUCUUAUUGUUUGGGAUGUACGUACUGGCGAGCCAGCUCGGGAAGUUAAGCUGGAUUUUGCGAAUAUGCAAUUGUGUCCUAAAAUUAUGAUGCUCGCUUCUGAUUCUGUAGUCUGUGAUUAUGGAAACGAAAUACGAGUCGUACGCUUUCCAAUUGUAGCCGAUAAGUGUAAUUAAUUUUUUAUUAUAAUCUGUCCACAUACUAUUUUUUAUAUUGCUCAUUAACCUUGUCAUCUGCCGCAAUAUGCAUCAGAGAAUGUACACUAACUAAAAUGCACACUCGUCUUUUUCCUUUACAUAACAAGUUCCUUUUCUAUAUCCACCUUAGGAAGAUAUUAGGAUCGCUUUCUAAACACAGAAAUAUAUAUCAGAUGAUAUUCGAUAAAGUAAAAUAUAUAUAUAUUUUAUUAAUACAGAUAGAAAUGUGAUUUUUAUUUUCUUGUCUGUGAAAAUUACAACUUCAGAUAAUUUUAAUACAGUUCUGAAUAUUUGGAAAAUUUGCAUAUGGUAAGAACUAGAGCAGAGAAAUUUGCGCAUCUGUAAACCAAAGAAACCGUUAUAUAAAUAGUUUACAUUUAACAAAAGGGGCACGUGACGAUUUUAAGAAACGGUGGUGGAUAUCCAAAGUUCGGCCAAAGACGAACUUGUGUAACUUGUUUAUUCAUUUUCCUAAAAA